CCGUCCACGAACCUUCGAAAUUUUGUCGCAUGUCCGAGUUAGGCUGCUUGUUACGUUCCAAGCACUCGGAGAAUUGAAAGAGAAUAGCGCGGUUGGAACUGCUGUCUUACAUGUAUUCGACACGCCCACCACGAACGUUGGGCCAGUCCAGCCAACUGCCCAUAACGGACUACGUUCCAGACAGGCGGCUUAUCUACAUAAAGGACCUAGAUGAGUCGUAUCUCCGUCGUCUUGCAGAGGCAGAACUCCGUGGAUUCUCCCCGCUCUGGACAUCUAUGUUUGGUUUUCAUAAGGCGCGCGUGAUUGAACUGGUCCCAACGCCGCAGAGGAGGUUCAAACAACGAGAGGUGGUUGCUUCUAUAACCGAAGCAAAAGGCCGGCUGUCUUCCGAACAUCUCAGCCGUCUGAGAAGCGGGCCUAGCUUUGGGAGCCGCGAACCGGGUAUUUUACUCCGGAAUCUCGAGCCGGGUUGGAAACGCGACGAGGAUCCAACUCCUGCGUUGCGCGCAAGUAAACGACGCGCUUCUUCGCCACCUAUGGACUCCCUCAGGGCGAAGUUCCCUCGUGGGAAUCAUACGGCUGGGCAAUGGGACGACGGUUCUAGAUCGGACAUAUCCGUGCGUUUGCCGUUGGUGGAACACGAAGAUUUCCCAGGGCUUGGUGUUGGUGAUCUUCGGGAUUUCAACUUCGACUCAGAUUUGAACGGGUUCGACUUCGAUUUCGACGAGGAAGCCCCAGAGGUCCAGAAAAAGGUUCCAAGAGUUCAGGAGGAAGCUCCGAGCGCCCAGUACAGCCCAGACUAUGGACGUCGAGUCAAUAACGAGACCAACUCCGGUAGCGUAGACAGCGGUCCUCGUCGCUGGGACAAGCGCACGUCGCCAAACUCGCUACCGCCGUCAUCAGAAAACGCGCUAUCGAGACUCAGCAGAUCCUCCGUGGUGAGAGCUCUGGCAUGCCCUCCAGCCGCGGGAAUAUAUAUGCACUACACGAUUUCACAAGACACCUCAACUGCAGCGGGAGCUAGGAACAAAUUACUCGCAGUCCAGGAUCGGAGACUUAUUCUUCCAGCGAAGGCUAGGGGUGCGGCGAAUGCGCCGUUGCGGCGGCGUCUACCCUAGAUGCCCAGACCACGGAAUAACGGCAUAUAUACUAACACACUUGCGGGCCUCGGAGAAUCUAGAUCAGGCUGACGCUGGCAUGAAUCCCGACGAAUCGUAGCGAGAC